AACUGAUUGAAAUGUCAAAUGGCACAAAAUUUGAAAAUAAUUUUUAAAUGUUUUUAUGAAUCGUCAAUUUAAUUAGAUUUUUAGGGAAAAUUUGACGUAGCUUUAUUAUUAUCCUGAAGCCAUAUUUGUGUUUACUGAAGAAUAUAAACUAACCUAGUGUUACGAAUAAAAUUGAGACAGUCAGUUGCAGCAACCUGAAGACAGAGAUUGUAGAUGAUCCACAUUUAUAUGAAUUUGAAACAUCAUACUGUCUAAGAUUUUCCUCAGAUUCUCAAAAUGUUAACCACUAGGACCAGGUUAAAAGUAUUAUCAGAGAUAGCAGAAGAAAGAGAAGACUCUUUUGCGUCGGAUAGUAAUCCUGGGACACCAAUACAUGUUGUCAGGGCAGAUAGUGUAGGAAAUGAUGAAGAAAGGAGGGAAAAACGCAGAAAGAGAAUAACUGAGGAGCUGUUUGAAACAGAGAAAACCUACAUACACCAUCUAGAAUUAGCUUAUAAGUUCUUUGAAUUUCCACUGAGAUUUAACUGUUUGAUAUCAGAGAGGGCACAUUCACAGCUCUUCAGUAACCUGGAGCAGAUUAAAGAAGUGAAUACGAAGCUCCUAGAGUACAUGGAGCAAACAACUGUAGGAACAGCAUUCAAAUUUCUUGGUCCUUUCUUGAAGUUGUAUUCAAUGUAUGCAAAUAAUCAUCAACAAGCCAUAUCAACAUUGCAGGAAAGUUUGAAGGAUGAAAAGUUUGCUGAGUUUAUCAGGGAUCAGGAAGACAGACCAGAAGUUAUGGGGUUAAAAGUAGGAGCUCUGUUGAUAACACCUGUACAAAGAAUACCUAGGUAUAAGCUGCUGUUAGAAGACCUUUUAGAAAAUACAAACCAGGAGCACCAUGAUUAUACCAUGUUAAAAGAGGCAGCAAAGCAGGUUGGAGAGAUAGCUAGGCACAUCAAUGAACAUGUUAGACAGAAUGAAAACUUUCAGAAAAUGUUGUCCAUACAUAACAGCUUUGAUAACUCAGCACCAAAAAUACUCGCUCCUGGACGCGUCUUCAUCAAGGAGGGCAAACUUAACAAGAUAUCGAGACGAGGGAAGUCUCAGGAACGUAUGUUUUUCCUGUUUUCUGAUAUGAUUAUCUAUGGCAAACCAAAGUUGUUAGACAGUGGUAACAACUCCUACUCAUGUUGCUGUGUACUGCCACUCCGGCACUGUCAAGUGGAGAAAGUACUAGGAACCGUACAACGCUCAGAUGGAGGUGGCAUGUUCAGGAUCAACUGUAAAGAGGAGAGUUUGUUAUUGUACUGUAAUGAUCCAGAUGAGGCCCAGUCCUGGGUAGAAGAUAUUGAUUCUGCAACGAGAAAAUUGAAUGUGAAUAGGCAGACCUUGAGGAAGCCCAGCAGUCAAAAUGUCCCAGUGAGGGGAAAGUCUUUACUCAAAAUGAGAUUGAGGGAGAGAAAACAAGAUUUAAAGCGAAAACUCAACCCAAAGAGGAAGGCAUCUAAAGAUGAGAGACAACCUAUGAAAGCUUUAGUUGAGAAUUGCCUUACACCUCCAAAACGUCAGAGGAUUGAUGGCCAUGUUGAUGUGGAAGCUUCUUGUUCUAAAGCUACAUUUGUAGAAGAGAAUGAGAUAUGUCUAGAUGACUGGAACCCGGAACAGGCUCAGUAUGUAAAUAAUGAUAUUGAUGACAAGGAUGAAAAUAGCCAAGACGAUUCCAGUGAUAAUGAAAGUGAUGCUGAUUUCAUUGAUGAAAAUGCUCCGGUCAUUGUAAUAGAAAACCCACCGUACAGGGAAGACAAUGUCAACAAUGGGUUGUGUUUUGACCAUGAGUCUGAAUUUGAUGCGGACAAUGUGAAUGAAAAUGUCAAUGGAAGGCAUAGAGUAAAAUUUAGUUCCGAUGUUGUGAAGGGAAAUAGUAAUUCGUCACAGCCCUGGCAUAAUACAAAAUUUCAAGAAAAGGAGGAACCUUCUUGUUCUACAUUACCCAUUAGGAGGGUUGUUAGGAGAGGAGCAAAAGUAACAUCCCGAAUAGGUGGAAUGAUGGACAGUGUCCGCGACCAUAAAUCUUGUACUAUAAUAUAAAUAUUAUUAAUAUAUAUAUAUAAUUUGUAUAUAUAUUUUAUAUAUAUCACAGAUAUUUUAUACUCAUGUACUGGUGCGAUGUAACUAUACAAAAUACUGAGAUUUUUUAUUUGUAUAAGUAAAAAUGGACUUAAUUUUAACCAAGAAUAGGUAUAUAUAUACAUGUACUAAAAAAGAAGUAUUUCACAUUUUAUCAGCCAUUAAAUCAUGUGCUAUACAUUGACAUUCCAGAUUAAUAGACAUUCAUGUAACAUUCCAAAAACUACAGCAGUUAGAGCUCUGUAUUAUAUAAAGACGAUACCCAAAAGUAAAAUGAUAAUUACUGAAGUAUUAAUUUAUCAACAGAUAUAGAUGGAAGUAUAGCAUUCUUUUUAAAUAUUUUCAUAGGUCAAUUACUGUGGCAUUUAGAAUUAUAUUGAUAUUUUUUCAUAAUUAAGGUGGUCACAUGGAAUGGUUAAAAGUAUGAUAGAAAAAUGGUCAAACACAUUUGUUUAAGACAAUACAUAUUGUACCAUUUUCAAAUCUGAAUAUGAUCCCAAUAUCACGUCACACCAUAUUAUAAGUCAAGUCUGUGGUGAAAGGUUGUAAUUUUUCAUUUAACUCCAAUUAUUAAUAUAUAGUCCAUCUUGGCCCUCUUGUAUUCCAGAAAGUCACUAUUUUUUAUGCUGUUUUUUAUCCUGAGGUUAUAUAAUCUUUUUUAAUAGAUAAUGUAUAUUAUGUGUAGAUUCUAUAUGGAUGUAAAAUAAACAAAGAUGAAAGAUCUGCAUAUAUAUUUUUUUCAUUUAGAAUUUUUCAUUUUUACAUAUUUAAUGAUAUUUUAUUUAAAACUGUUAAUAUUUAGUUGUAUUGAACAGAAAAGCCAAAAACUCAUACACAAUUUAUAUACAGCU